AUGUCGAGCAUUUUAAGAGCCGAGAAUUUCGUUCCAAGGGUUCUGAAGAACUUCAUGGCAACAUCUGGUCUGGAACCAACGUGUCUGCGCAUCGUUGCUGCCGGUCCCGGCAAGGUCACAUUUGAUCUCCAUAUACACAAGCAACACACGAAUCGCUUGAAUAUCCUGCAUGGCGGGACCAUCGCCAGCAUGGUUGACCUUGGAGGCUCGCUUGCCGUCGCCUCCAUGGGGCUGUACUCUACUGGCGUCUCAACAGAUCUGAAUGUAUCGUAUCUGUCUGCCGGUGGCAAAGCAGGUGACAAGAUCAGAGUCAUUGCCGAAUGCGAGAAGAUGGGUAAGACUCUGGCAUACACGCACAUGAAGUUCUUCAACAGCAAGGGAGACAUGUUCGCAAGGGGAAGCCAUACGAAAUUCAUCGAGAAGGCGCGUCAAGAUCAAUCAACCCCGUACGCCCUCCCAGCAUGGGACUCAGGAAUAGAUGAUGGGGAGAAAGAGCCCUAA